AUGUCUCCAGUCAGUAAACACCAUGAAUACGAAGCAGGCGAAAUCGAUGAUGAAAGCAAACCAUUCAACAGAAAGCGUAGCGUAGACCAGGUUUACAAUCGACAACGUAGCUCUGCUACUUCAUCAUCUGCAGCAACACAGGAGGACGACCCAUUUGCCGAAUACGAGCGAUUAUCCCGCAGUAAAAGAAGGGAUGGAAGUCGUGAGCACUAUUCACAUCACUCGGAAUCGAGAAGGAGACACUCGCGUGAUUUUGAAAGUAAUAGUAACAAUAAGGAUAAAAGAGAAAACUCACAUGUAUCCUAUCCUGGUGAUAAUUACAAUAGUAAAAGAUCCAGAUCGCCUUCCAAGUCUACUGCUAACAGCAGCAGCAGUGCGAGUAGAAGGUAUGCUACUACCAUAGAAGAUCCAGAGACAGUCAAGAGUCAAAUACCCAAGAGAGAGCAGGAAAAGAAGGAAGAGGAGCCCCCUAUCAUUGAUUUUGAAAUUGAAGAUGAAGAUGAAAAGAAAAAGGAAGAAGAUAGACUGAUUGAAGAGCGCAGAAAGCGAAGACAGGCAAUUUUGAAUAGAUACAAGGAAAGCCCUGCAACUUCCUCGCCUAACACGCCUACCUUGCCAACACCCUCUUCGCCCAUUCAAAUCACCAAGGAACGUGCAGCAACGCCAGUUGCAAGCAGCGAUGUCAUUAUGCAAGAAGCGCCACAAGACAAGGCGAGUGAAUCCCCUCAACAUAUAUCGGCUGCUGACUAUGACCCUGCCAUGGACAAAGACCUUCAUCAUUCCGAAUCACAGACUGAUCUUCUUCGAAAGAAGGACUUGCAAGAGCCUGGUGUAGACAGCCAUGCCGACAUGCUUGCAUCUGAUUACACUGAGAAAUUGGAAGAACAGCCAAAACCGACAACGACAACUGAAAUUGACAUGUUUUCUGACAAUUUGGACAUGUUCGCUGCUACAGAUAUCACCACUGGCCAAAACGCUUUAAUGACACACGCAACUACAGCUGCCACCAACCCUAAUCUCAUAGACAAUUGGGAUGAUCCUGAGGGCUAUUAUAGUACGCGCAUUGGAGAAGUGCUAGAUGGCAGAUACCAAGUACUGGCUAAUCUGGGUCGCGGUGUCUUUAGUUCAGUUGUCAAGGCCAAGGAUCAAGAGACGAAUGAGGAUGUCGCUAUCAAGUUGAUCCGUAACAAUGAGACCAUGUACAAAGCAGGACAAAAAGAAUUGACCUUUCUCAAGAAACUAAUGGACGCAGACCCAGACAACAAAAAGCAUGUUAUUCGCUUGCAAAGACACUUUGAGCAUCGAUCUCAUUUGUGCUUGGUAUUUGAAACACUAAGUAUGAAUUUACGUGAUGUACUCAAAAAGUAUGGUAAAGAUGUAGGCAUCAGUAUCAAAGCUGUUCGUGUGUAUGCUCAGCAGCUGUUCUUGAGUCUGUCCUUGCUGAAAAAGUGCAGUAUACUCCAUGCUGAUAUCAAGCCAGACAACAUCCUCGUCUCUGAAAACAGAAACACGCUGAAACUGUGUGAUUUGGGUUCUGCGUCUGAUGCCAGCGACAAUACUAUCACCCCUUACCUGGUCUCUCGCUUCUACCGUGCACCUGAAAUCAUGCUGGGUCUCCACUACGACUACGCUAUUGAUAUCUGGUCCUCUGCUUGUACCUUGUAUGAGCUGUUUACUGGCAAAAUUCUGUUUCCUGGUAGAAGCAAUAACCAAAUGCUGAAGCACAUCAUGGAACUCAAAGGCCGUUUCCCCAACAAACUGUUGCGUAAGGCGCAAUUCACAUCAGACCACUUUGAUGAAGACUUCAACUUCAUGUCAGUUGAGGUGGACCGUAUUACCAAGAAUGAAGUUGUCAAGAAAAUGACCAUACUGAAGCCUAUUCGUGAUGUCAAGGCGCGUAUAUUAGCUGCUACGACGCCCAAUAUGCCUGAUGAGGAGACCCGUCUGGUCAUGGCGUUCAUUGACUUGUUGGAUAAAUGUUUGGUGCUUAGUCCUGACAAACGUAUGACUCCACAUGAAGCGCUGGUGCAUCCUUUCAUUACUGGUAAGGUCUGA